AUGAAUACAGUUCUCAAUAAUAUUAGUCAUAGUCGAUACUUCAAUGACACAUCGACCAAUGUCAAGUUGGAGGAGAUCAAGAAGCAGCUUGAUGGACCAUCUGACAAAGAGAAGUUGGAAUGCAUGAAGAAGUUGAUUGCUAUGUUAUCAAAGGGUAGAGAUGUAUCAGAGGUAUUCCCACAGGUUGUAAAGAAUGUUAUUGCGAACAACUUGGAGUUGAAGAAGUUGGUAUAUAUGUACUUGGUACAUUAUGCAGAGUCUGAGCAUGAUAGUGCAUUGCUGGCGAUCAACACAUUCCAAAAGUCACUGAGCGAUAAGAGUCAGGUGAUUCGUGCCUCGGCACUGAGAGUCAUGUCGUCGAUCCGUGUGGUCGACAUCAUUCAGGUGAUCGUGUUGGCCAUCGAGAAGUGCGUAAAGGACAGCUCGCCCUACGUGCGCAAGGCCGCCGCCUUUGCCAUUGCCAAGGUGCACAAGCUCGACUCGGACAAGCAGGAGGAGCUGGCCAAUCUCAUCGAGACACUGCUCAACGACAACAGCACAAUGGUGCUGGGUGCAGCCAUGAUGGCCUUCUCCGAGGUGUGUCCCGAUCGUCACGAUCUCUUGCAUCAGCACUACCGCAAGAUAUGCCAGUUGCUCGCCGACUUUGAUGAGUGGUCGCAGGUGGUCACCAUCAACGUACUCACCAAGUACGCCAGGACUCAGUUCAGAUGUCCAGACGCAUCAAUCAAUGAUAAGAACGUAAAGCAGUUCAAGAAGAAGACUUCGUUCUACUCUGAUGAUGAGGAUGAUGAGAACGCUGUUGACGUGCCAAAGAAGGUGGUCGACGCCUAUGACACAGAGGAGAUUGAUUUGGAUCACCGAUUGUUGCUCAAGUCUUGCUUGCCUCUACUACAGAGUCGUAGCAAUGCAGUUGUAAUGGCAGUGUCAUCACUCUAUUUCUACAUUGCACCAGUGAUCGAAGCACAAAAGGUUGGCAAGUCUUUGGUGCGUCUCCUGCGCUCAUCCCCCGAGGUCCAAUACAUCGUCCUCUCCAACAUCUCAACAAUGGUCACAAUGAGACCCAACAUGUUCGAGCCAUACCUCUCAGAGUUCUUCAUCAACUCCUCGGACCCAGAGUACAGCAUCAAGUUGAAGCUUGAGAUCCUCACUCGUUUGGCCACUGGCGAGAACAUCAGCAAGAUACUUAAGGAGUUCAAGGAGUACGUUAAGAACGAGGACAAGAAGUUCGCCGCUGAGACCAUCAGAGCCAUCGGCCGCUGUGCCGCCACAAUCCCCGACGUGACCGAGUCGUGCACAUACGGCCUCAUGUCACUGCUGUCCAACACAUCGACCGUUGUCGUCGCUGAGAGUGUCAUCGUGCUGAAGCGCCUGCUUCAGUUGAACGCUGACAAUGCCGACUCGUCAAUCAAGCACGAGAAAAUCAUCCUGCAUCUGGCCAAGUUGCUCGAGACGCUCCAGGUGCCAAGUGCACGUGCAGCCAUCGUCUGGGUCAUUGGAGAGUACAGCCACAAGGUGCCACUGGUCGCACCAGACGUGCUGAGGAAGCUGGCCAAGUCGUUCGCCGACGAGGACGAGAGUGUCAAGCUGCAGAUCCUGAACCUUGGUGCUAAGUUGCACUUCCACAACGCCGAGCAGACCAACCUGCUCUUCCAAUACAUCAUCAACCAGGCCAAAUACGACAUGAACUACGACAUUAGAGACUGCGCAAGAAUGAUGCGUCUGCUUCUGAUCAACUCGGAGAAGACGCCCAACAUCACCCAGCACGCCAAGAACAUCUUCAUCAACACGAAGCCAAUGCCAACCGAGGUCAGUGUGUCGGAGGACCGCCAGCGUUUCAUCCUGGGCUCCUUGUCGCACAUUGUCAACCACACCGCACAAGGCUACCAGGCACUGCCCGACUUCCCCGAGGAGGUGCCUGACCCCUCAGUCAGACAGCCCAAGCAAUGGAUACCAGAGGUCAAGAAGAAUGUGUUUGGCUUGGCCGAUGAGAAGCCAUUCUACAGCGAUGAGGAGGAGAGUGACGAGGACGACGAGGACGACGACGAUGAAGAGUACAGCGGUGGUUCCGAAGAGGAGCUAGACGACGAGGAUGAGAUGGAGAAGUUCUUUGGAUCAGACUCUGAUUCCCCUGCACAACCCAAACAAAAUGGACACUCGAAGAAGUCCAAGAAGUCAAAGAAGGCAAAGAAGCCAGAGCAGGAGGAAGACGAGUUUGAUGAGGAUGAGAUGGACGAGCUGUUUGGUGUGGCUGAGGAGAUGGAGAAGUUAGAUAUAUCUUCGACAGCAACCCCUGUUAAGAAGGUACUGCUCAAGCCAGCAGUGAGUCAGGGUCUCAGCAUUGAUUACUACUUCCUGAGACAGGCCCCAGAAGACGUACAGGUUGAGGAUGGCUACAACUGCAUCCAAUUGCAUCUCAAGAACACAUCGACCGAGUCCUUUGACGACAUCAAGAUUGGCAAGAAGACCUUGAUCGAUGGCGCCAACCUCAUCGACUUUGACACUAUUGAGUCGCUGGCACCCAAUGACACACUUGAGCGCAACCUAAUUGUAUCAUUUAACUCCACCUCACAAGCCUGUAAAUUUGAGAUUAGCACAUCCCGCGGUGUAUUCCCUGUUGUGCUGACACCUAUCAUUGGUGAGAUGGUCAAGCCUACCGAAAAGGAUAUCGAGCUGUGGAAGACUGAGUUCGAGGCACUGGAGGCAAAGAGCAUCAGUGAACAGAUUGAGUUGGGCGCCAACACUGCCCAGCAAGGCGUCGUACAGGCACUCGUGGAGAACAUCAAUCUGCACGCCAACUCUGCCAACACUGGCCGCACCAAGCUCCAGUUUGUUGCCACCACUCUGCUAAAGUCCACUGAGCUGUACGUCCUGGUGGACCUCGUGGACGCUACAUCUGCACUCUGCACCAUUCGUAGCAAUGAUACACUCACUGCCACUCUCAUACUCAAGAAGAUCACCGAUGUGCUACAACGUUGA